AUGAAUAAAUUCGUUGAAUUAUCAUUUGAAGUAUUUGGUAAUGUUCAAGGAGUGUUUUUUAGAAAAUAUACAAAGGAUAAAGCAACAGAAUUAGGAAUUGUUGGAUGGGUAAAAAAUUCAAGAACCGUAGUCGGAGUUGCUCAAGGAAAGAAUGAAAAAAUAAUUAGUUUAACAGAUUAUAGUGAAAGAAAUAUCGAAUUUAUUGAAUUUACAGAAUUUGAAAUCAAACAUUAG